AAAGAAAUGCAUCGGUGCAUAUUUCUGUAGAAUACUUAAAAGUCAAAACUGCGGCUAGUUUUGCUGAUUUCUAAAAUGUUUUCCUCACUAUUUAUUUAAUUUGUAUCUUAAGAAAAACAUUUUAAUUGUAAACCAAUAUGCCGAAACCUGCAAUACUGAUUUUAGAACCUUUUUAUGGUGGAAGCCACAAGCAACUGAUAGAGACGAUAAUAGAAUGUAUACCACCAGGAGAAUAUGAAGUCUAUAGUCUUCCGGCUAAAAAAUGGCACUGGCGAGCUCGUACAAGUGCCCUUUAUUUUUCCCAAGUAAUACCACUAGAGCACGAGUAUAAGGUGAUUUUCACCAGCUCGGUGAUAAAUUUGGCAGAAUUGGUUGGUACUCGGUCGGACUUAAUGGUAUGCCGGAAAAUAGUAUAUUUUCAUGAAAACCAAUUGGUUUAUCCGGUGCGUGAAGCAAAGGAAAGAGACUGCCAAUAUGGACUAAAUCAAAUACUCACAUGUUUAGCUGCCGACCAAGUAGUUUUCAACUCGAAUUUCAACCGUACAUCGUUCCUAGAAAGUAUCACACCCUUUUUAAACAUUCAACCGGAUCUAAAACUUAGAAAUAUUCAACAAAAAAUUGAACCAAAAUGUGAAGUCCUUUACUUUCCUAUUAAAUUUCAUUCAAUGCCUAAAAGACUGAUUGCCAACGAAAAGCAAAGCCCAAACGAAAAGGAAUGUUUGCAUUUAAUAUGGCCCCACAGAUGGGAGCACGAUAAAAACCCGAAACUCUUAGUUGAGGUACUUUUGGAGCUCAACAAACGUCAAGUGGAUUUCAAAGUGACCAUUUGUGGAGAAAACUAUCAACUGGUUCCAGAGGCUUUUGAAGGUAUUCAAGAGAAAUUGGGUCACAAACUAGUUAACUUUGGUUUUCUGCCUCGCGAUAAAUAUAUGAAGGCAUUAAUGUCUGGCGAUAUUGUGAUAUCAACAGCCGGUCACGAAUUCUAUGGUGUUGCCAUGCUUGAAGCUACAUAUUGCGGGUGUAUGCCAAUAGCACCAAAUAAAUUGGUGUAUCCUGAAAUUUACCCAAAAGAAAAUCUCUACAACACAUCCAACCAACUUAUUAAAAUGCUCUACAAUUGGUUUAGAAAUCCAGAAAUAUUUCGUAAGCAGAGGGACAAAUUUUUCGAAUAUUUUACAUAUGACAAGUACUCAGCUGAAUAUUUGGUUCCGAAAUAUUUGGAAAAACUUCGAAUUUAGGUUAACAUAGAGUUACGAACGGUUUAUGUUGAUGGAGAGCGCACAAUUUUAUAUUACAGUUCUUCGAUUAGAUUCCAAUUGUCUUCCGUUAAAUGCAGUUAGAAAUUUUUAAAUACCAUUACCUUUUUUCUAAAUUUUAUAAAAUAUUUGUUGCAAUAUAUAUUUAUAUAGGUCACCGCUUAUUAAAUACAUAUGUAUGUUUUUUUUUAAUAACUAGAUUUUUAUUUGUAUUAGAAUAUAAAUUGUAUUGAGUAAGA